GGGCGGGGUCAAGCGGUCCCUGCGCGAGGCCGGGAGCGAGCAGUGAGCGCGGAGCAGCCGCUGGCGAGGGUCCCGGCCAGCCAGUCACCGCGCAGAGGGCAACGGUCAGAGGCGGCUGGGGGGGAGGGGCCACGCCGUGUGGAGAGCGGUAGUGUGGACUUUGUGCAGGAGGUGCAAGAGACAUCCCUGAAAAUGGAAAACAAAGCAACCACAGAGAUUCUGAAAUCUACCAGACCAUCCAUCCUUAAAGAAGAGACAAUCGCAGAAAGAAAAUGGGUGAAGCUUGAACAGACGACCUAUGUUGAUCCCUCCGGUAAAACCAGAAUUUGGGAAACCGUAAAGCGUACUACCAGGAAAGAGGACAGUUCAGCUGAUGGUGUAUCAGUUAUACCUGUAUUACAAAGAACUCUCCACUAUGAUUGCAUUGUCCUAGUGAAACAAUUCAGGCCUCCAAUGGGAGGGUAUUGCUUGGAAUUUCCUGCAGGUCUCAUUGAGGGAAAUGAAAGCCCAGAAAGCGCGGCCUUGCGAGAGUUGGAGGAAGAAACGGGGUACAAAGGGGAUGUCGUUGAAUGUUCUCCAGCUGUUUGCUUGGACCCUGGUUUGACAAACUGCACAACGCACAUCGUGACCGUCACCAUUAAUGGAGAUGAUGCUUGUAAUACAAGACCCAUGCAAAAGCCUGAGGAAGGAGAAUUUGUGGAAGUUGUUUCACUACCAAAGAAUGAUCUACUGCAGAGAAUUGAAGAGCUAGUGGCAGAAGAGCAUAUUUUAGUGGAUGCCAGAGUUUAUGCCUAUGCAAUGGCACUGAAACAUGCAACACAAAAACCCCUCCAGGUGCCUUUUAUGAAGUUCUAAGGCUGCAUAUGUAACCUCGUUGAAUACUUCCAGGAUGGAGUCAAAUGGUCAAUAUAGACUUGGAAGCUGUAUCUUUUCAUACAAUAAAGGUCCUGUAGACUACACACAGUAUUAAGCAAUCAUAUUUCUAGGAAAGAUUGCUUGAACUAUUUGUACUGUAUAAAGCUUUUCUCUAACUGUUCAACCUCUAACUCUGAAUGGAAUUUUAUCCUUUGCAGAAGAAUAAAAAGAAUCAUGGCCUGUUAAGAGAUCA